AUGCCUACAAAGCCACCAUUUAGUGUUGACGUUUCCAUUUCAAGUACUUUCUACACUCCUGCUGCCAUUCGCGACGAGUAUUAUACCCCCUACAGUCCUACUACGGAUAUUUCCCGCUUUUUACAGAACGAUCUCUCUGUCGAAUGUCUUAACCGUAUUCACAAAUAUCUGUGGUUGGCUGGCCGACCCAUGCCACCCAGACCCCUAAACUAUCAAACCGCAACUUCUCGGCAAAUUUUGCUAGAUGAGAGGAUUGACAUGCACAUGGUCUGGGAGCCUUCACGGCGUAUCCACCUGAAGCCGCUCCCGCGAUACCUCCUAAGCCAUCAAUUUUGGAAAUCUUACCUGAUCUGCAAAGAGCCCUGUCCCUGCAUGUCCAACUAUAUUUACUGUCAGACAGAUAGAGGGGAUGGGGGGGUUUGUCAGAAAAAACAUCUAUACGAAUGUGGCCUAGGGCUUUUAUACUCAUAUAUUGCUCUAAUUGAGCGAGAGAGUGAUUUUGCUAUUGCCCAGGACCAACACCUAAUGCCACACAAUGUGACAUGGGAAAUGUGGGUUGAAUUGGUCAAGGAGCUCUUGGAGAACGGAGCUACUAGCCCUGGAAAUGUCAAUGCACGUUACUUGUUCGGCGAACUUCGGCUUUCGCGACUCAACAAAAUAUACAUGUUUCGUUACGGCAGUAUUCUACGAGGUUAUCACUUCACAUAUCAAACAUAUACUGAGUUGUUCUACGAUUAUCUAACACCACUUACUGCAACGACUGUUUAUGUCGCAUUAGUGUUGACGGCAAUGCAGGUUGGGCUGGCUACCAAGCUGGGGGGCAAUGUUGCAUUUCAAAAUGCUUCGUAUGGUUUUACCGUCUUUUCAAUCAUUGGCCCGCUCAUUAUACUUCUGCUAGUUGGUUUUCUUGGGUUCAUUCAAUUCAUCAGUAAUCUACUGGCGACAUUGCAUUUCAAACGGGAGCGAUCCGCGCACUACAAGCUACUAAGCUCGCACAGUUGA